AAUAGCCCAUUGUGCAGCUUUAGUGCGACGUAAAUUAACAACAACAACAACAGUUGGAAGACUUAGUGACAAAUUUAAAAAAGCCAGCACUAACACUGUCAGUACUGCUUUUUUGUUUACUUUCGGAGUCAGCUGUAUUUAAAAUAGUGAAAGAGAUGUUAGACAUUCAGAAGACAUUGAAUUCAAAAAUUGAUCUUAAACUAUUGAAAGAUUUAUAUAUUCUUUUCAAACUAACACAUAUACAGUUGUAAAUUUAAAUGACCUUGGAAUCUAUUAUUUCAUUAGAAUUUGGAAGCUAGUAUUUAUUAGUCUCAUUUUAAAAUUGGUUUUUGACAUAAUAUGAUGGACUCACUGUUUGUAUUAUUUUCACUGCAUCCUAAACGUUUGGAAUUUAUUUUUAAUAGAAGUAUUUUUUGUUUCUUGAAUCCUUGAUAUGGUCAAGGUUCAGUGUAAAAUAUUUUCCUGGUGCAGAUACAUUUUACAAAAAGUCUGGAUUGCUUAUAGUGUUGUGAAAUUAAUAUUUCUUUCACUAUUUUACAAUGAAUUUGCUGAUAAAUAUUACAUUGGUGAUGCCUGCAUGGAGCCAAUAUUCUGGCUUGUUGAUCAUUUCACAAAAAUUAUUGGUCCUGUAUGUGUGAUAGCAGUCAUUUUAUUAGCCACAUCAAUUAUAGUUGUUGCAUAUGCAGUUGGUCUUCCAUUUUAUUUAAAACAAAAUGUUUUCAUUUUAUUGUUUGCAUUAUUUAUUGGUCAUUGGUUACUUUUGAACAUCAUGUUUUACUAUUACAUGGCAUGCAUCACAGAUCCUGGUUAUCCACCUCAGGGAACCAUGAUUACUGAUGCAGUGUCAAUUUGUAAAAGGUGCAUUGCUCCAAAACCACCUAGAACUCACCACUGUAUUGUUUGUAAUCGAUGUAUUCUAAAAAUGGAUCAUCAUUGUCCUUGGCUCAAUAAUUGCAUUGGACACUUCAAUCAUCGGUAUUUUUUUAUGUUUUGUGUUUAUACUUGGAUUGGAGUACUAUUUUGUAUUAUAUUUGGUAUACCUAUUUUUCGUAGCCAUUUCUGGUACAACUCAGAGUAUAGUUUUUCACCUCACCUCAUAAAUGUAAUAAAAACUGUUGCAGAUCAAAUUAGCAGACAGCCAAGAACAUUACAGGAAACAUUUGAAUAUAAUUUUCGUACUAAUUCCACAAGCCUCGAUGACAAAUGGGUUUCAACUUUGUAUCAUUCUUGUGUUGUUUAUGCUGCUCUUUUGUGUUUUUCUGUUUUUUGUAUUCUUGGUGGAUUAUUGGCUUGGCAUGCAAGACUUAUCACAAAUGGUGAAACCAGUAUUGAAAGUCACAUUAACAAAAGAGAAAGGAAGAAUCAUAUUAAAGAAGGGAAAAUAUAUGAGAAUCCUUUUGAUUUUGGUGCCAUUAAUAAUUGGAAGAUUUUUUUACGAAUUGAUUAUCUGGGGUCUUGGUGGCAUGUACUUUUACCAUACACUGUUGCACCAGCUGGUAAUGGUAUACAGUGGAAACUUUCAAACAGUGAGCAGCCAGUGUUCAAUUAUCUUGAUAAUGAUAAUAAAGAAGCUUGUUUUAUAAAGAUGGCUUAAUUCCAUCAAUGAAAUUCUUCCAGAUUUGAUAUUUACAUUCUGAAAAUUCUUCCAUUUUUUUUUUACAAAUUUGUAUAA